GAGUGCGAGCUCUCCUUUGGACAGGGCGGAGUCAAACCCAGCAGAAGAAGACAGACAGACAGCCUGCAGAAUCAUGUUUACUGAGUGAAAACCUGCGGAAAGGAGGAAGCAACAACAGGAUUAACCACACCACACACUUUACUCCGCAAGUUAACGGUCAUUUCUUCAUUUCCGGUCAGUUUGGCUGUUUUCAACAGGGGGAGUCAACAUGUCUUCGAUGGACUUGGAGAAGCUGAAGAUGACAGGGGCUGGUCGGGCCAUAGCGGUGCUGACCAGCGGUGGAGAUGCACAAGGUGACUUACUAAACAGCCAAGUUUGCUUUCUAAUACAUUUUUAGCCGUCAAGUACACGUAGGCAUUAAACGGGGACCCUUAAACAUAUGUUUGCAAGGGUUCGACAUAAUUAAAGGAUUUUUUCAGGGAAUUUGAGCAACCUUUAAUCAACAGCUUGAUAGUUUUGUACUCUGUUUAAAGGUCAAAGGCCGUUUAUAGGCCCCAUACAUUUAGUUGACUCACAAUAGUGAACACUGAUUAAUCACACCCACAUUCAAGUAGUGUACUAAUGUGCAAUCUUAUCUUCAAAAUGUCUUUAAAUGAACUGUAAGGAAAUUAAUUAUGUUUAAUAACAGUUAAUUUGAAGUAUCAUCUUAAGAGGACCAACACCAAGUGACAUAUAAAUAUUUAUUACACUAUAUUAUUAUUAGAUUAUAUUCUUAUAUUUUAAGCUUUGGGGAUGUAGGCCAUUUAUUGCAAUGUGUAUAGUCGAAUUUUUGUACUGUACUCACAUUUCUAAUGCUCCCACUUUUGUGGCCUACUUGUUUGAGACUUGAGCGCACACUUGUCACCUGUUGCAAAGUGUUUCUCCGUUGUGGUACUUUUAUUGAAGAUCAAUAUCUGAGUGCCAUUGUACCAGGAUGUGUUUGAGUAAUACUUGUCAGGACUGUGAUUGAAGUUUCAACAGAGUGGGUUGCACCUUUGCCCACUAAGAGACUGUGAAGUCAUCACUACUUCGCUGUUAGAUUUCUUCCUGCAGGGUGAUGGUGCAACAGAUUGUGAAAAAUCUCUUCAGAAGCAGCUUACAGUUUUAUGCAAAUAUCCUUUACUUAGGUAUGAAUGCUGCCGUCAGAGCUGUGACAAGAAUGGGCAUCUAUGUGGGAGCCAAGGUCUAUCUAAUAUAUGAGGUACACAAGCUGUUUCUGCUUAUGUUUCUGCUAAUUAUGCUCAUAGUCAUCAUUCUGUUACGCAUAAAUAUUAGGCUGUGUCUUUAUUUUUGUGCCAUUAGAAUUACAUUUAAAAUGCUUGUGAAUUUUCAGGGGUACCAGGGCUUGGUAGACGGGGGAGACAAUAUCAAACCAGCUCACUGGCACAGUGUGACCAACAUCAUUCAACAGGUAAGUUCAAAUAUUUGCCUCAAUCAGACAGGGUAGCAGUGGAAAAGGUUGCUAUAAUAGGCUAUUUUCCCAGCAGACAUGUUGACCUGUCAAAUAAACACAUGCAGAGGUGUUACCAUUUAUGUUAAUAUGGCUUGUACUAUUCAGGUAUCCUAGCAACAAGCUAUGCAGAACAAUUAUUACGUAUAUCACACUCAUGCUUUUCAAAGUUACAGUGUAUAGUGCCUUAAUUUUGCUUUUCUUUUUACCCUUAAAUGUCUAAUUUUCUCUCUUUUUUGUAGUUUGAAUAUGAAUUUUGUUAGAUCACCCAUCUCCUCUCAUCUCUUCUUCUUCUGCCUGUCUAAUACUGGGUAUAAACUGGUAAGGGGCCUUGCUGCAUGUGCUUUAAGCCACUAUCCUAGAAGCAGCAACAAGUUGCACUGCUUACAAGAUAAAAAAAAAAACACUUUCAAAGAGGAUUGUGCAUUAGCUGUCUUAAAUGUAUAUAGCAUGUUUGUUGAAGGGUGUGAAGGGCCUCACUAAAGCUAAUGCAUCGUUUGGUUUUUAUUGUUGUAUUCAAGCUUCAGGAAAGUACAUCACUGAUUCUGUACCUGUUUUUCUCAUGCUACAUUAAUUGUUUCUGAAGCAAAUACCCAGAAGUACACCAAAUUUUAUAGAGCACAGUCAUUUUUGUCUGUCCUGCCAUGGCUUUAUAGGAGGUGGUUUGCAUUACAAACUUGUCUGAGUGCAUUGCUUGACCUGGUUCUUUUCCUGUUUAAUGUGAUGUAAUAGUUCUCAUGUGUCAACGAUGAUAAUAUCCCAAACAAUCAUCGUUGCAAAGUACUACAAUACAUGCUUUUUUCCCCAAGUAUGUUUUAAAGACCCAUCACUAUGUUUGACUUAUGUUCUGUUACAUGACUACAGGGUGGGACUGUGAUAGGAAGUGCCCGAUGCAUGCUUUUUUUCCAAGUAUGUUUUAAAGACCCAUUACCAUGUUUGGUUUAUGUUCUGGUACAUGACUGCAGGGUGGGACUGUGAUAGGAAGUGCCAGAUGCAAAGCAUUCACAACAAGAGAGGGCAGGCUUGCUGCUGCCUUCAACCUGGUGAAAAAAGGCAUCACCAACCUGUGUGUUUGUGGUGGAGACGGCAGCCUAACUGGAGCCAAUAUCUUCCGCAAUGAGUGGAGCAGCCUGCUGGAUGAUCUCGUACAAAAAGGUAAAGUGCUCCCAAGAAACCAUUGACACUGCCUCUGAGAUUAACCUCACUUUUAUUUAGUAUUUGAAAUCUCAGGCUAAUAUUUUUUUUCUGCUUUAAAAUAUCUUUAAGACAUAGUUUUACAAUCUGAGGUAUGGGAUUGAAUUUACACUAACACUGGUACUGCGCUGAGUUUAAAAUCUUCAUCUAUCCAUCAGAGGAAAUUGGCUUAGAGCAGCUUGUGCAUAAAAGACAUGUCUAUGAUAUAAAAUAUCAAAGGCUUCCUUCCCCCCAGACCUCUCUUAUUGGCUGUUGUUGUCAAGUACUUCAAAAGUACCUGUGUAAUCUAUCAGAAUAUAAAUCAUGUUAAAUGCAAACAGUGAAACCACGAUUUCCUCCAUAAAACCUAUACAUUACCAGAUUAGGGUGGCAUAGAUUUAGAAAAAUAAGCAGCUGUAUCAUCCAUGAAAUAAUAAAUAAUCCUUGAGCUUGCUUUGUAGUAGAGCCCAAUUUUUUCUCCUUUUAAAUGUGAAUUUUGGGCUUUUUGUGACUUUAUUUGAGAAGAUAGGACCAGCUCCUGAAGAAAUAAUGUCCAAACAUGGAAUACACACUGAGAGUGAUAGGUCCCCAGCCCCCCACCAAAGGGUUUCAGUUUUUCUCAGCUUUAUUUUAUGGUUAACUGCCUGCAUACUAUCUAACAUUUCAUGAUUGUGUGUUUCACUUCAGGGAGGAUCACAGACACCCUGGCCAAGCAGCAUGACCACCUGAACAUCGUGGGGCUUGUGGGCUCCAUCGAUAAUGACUUCUGCGGCACAGACAUGACCAUUGGAGCAGACUCUGCACUGCAUCGUAUCAUGGAGAUAAUUGAUGCGAUCAUGACCACUGCUCAAAGGUGAGGCACUGCGUGAUACUGAGCAGUGACAGCACUCAUGCAGCUGGUUUUUCACAGAUACAGAUUAUUCAGUACUUGGCCCAAAGUAUAUUAAAGAACAUGAGACGAUGCCAAUAUGUUUAAACUACCUGUUUUAAUAGCUAUUUUUACACUUUUUUAUUGUACACAAUGUUAAGUCUCUCCUGCACUUAAAUUUACCUGUCAUACUUGAUGUCUGUCUACAGUGAAAGAAUCAAUGUGUCAUCAUAUCAGCCGUACAUAACAACAGAACUUUUUCAAUAUUUAUGGAUACACUUAAAGGUAUUAUCUGCCUGUACUGACAUGAUACCAUGGCUAAUAUGAAAAUAUAACAACAGUGACAACAAAAGGGUACUUUUGAACUAACAAACAGAAUUUGCAGCCGAAUAAAAGUAGCUAUGAGUUUAUUAUCUAUCAGCAGCUUUGUAGAUUAUAAAACAGCAGUCAAAGCCUUCUAUCAGAGUCGUAAUGGAAUGCAUGCAUUUAGGUGAGGUUGUUAAAGCUCAUUUUCCCUUCACAAACCUUUUUGGCAUGACUUCCAUACUCAUGUCCAGACUUGCCCCUUUUCCUGCAUGUUGCUGCAAUCUUAAAAAUCUGUUUGCAUGCACACAUAGUUGUUGCGGUUUUUAUUAGCUUUCUUAAAUUGACGUGCUGUGUCUCCCCCUGCAGCCAUCAGCGCACUUUUGUUCUGGAAGUCAUGGGGAGACACUGUGGGUGAGUAAAACCAUGAUCUAUUUAGCCAUAGUCUGUACUCUACCUCUGACUGAAACAUUUGAUGGUGUUAAUGUUCUGUUCUGUAACCCAAGAUAUCUGGCCUUGGUGUCUGCCUUGGCAUCUGGAGCAGAUUGGCUCUUCAUCCCAGAGGCUCCUCCUCUGGAGGGCUGGGAGGACCGCAUGUGUGCCCGCCUAGAAACAGUAAGUCAGGAUAUCAUGACUGUUUUUCAUCUAAUGUUUGUGUGUUUAAAUCUACUGUCAGUUCAUCUGCUUUCAAGUAGUUUUUAAAUAAAUCCUUUUUGGUCUACUUGCAUACCAGACUCAGUUUCCCUGCUUCACAUUCAGCACUCGGAGGUAGGAUGAUGCUGACUGACUCACUAAUGUAAAUAUAUCUGUUUGCCUCCAGAGCCGUAUCAAGGGGUCUAGGCUUAACAUUGUAAUCGUAGCAGAAGGAGCUAUUGACAGAAAUGGCAAGCCCAUCUCCUCAACUUACAUAAAAGAGGUAAGUUAUAACAUUUAGGAAGAAGGGGGGUUGAUGGUUGUCUGUCCUGUGACAGCUGUCCAACAAGUAAGGGGUAGUUUGAAAAUCAAAUUUCAAGUGAAGUUUUGGGUAACACUUUACUCAACGCCUAUCUCUAUAACGCAUAAUAAAUAUAUGUAUAAUGUGAUAUAAUCACGUUAUAGCACUGUAUAAUUAUAGUUAUGAACACUCAUAAAUGAUCAUAAUGCUUUAUAGCAGAAAUCAUAACACAUUAAAAAGCAUUUUAUCAUGACUUGCAAGGUCAGGUAUUAUAAUGUGUUAUGCGUAUUGUUAUAAAGCCUUAUGAUAAUUAAUGAGUGUUUAUAAUGAUAGUUAUACAAGUUUAUAAGCAAAUUAUAACACAUCAUAAAUAUAUGUAUAAUGCAUUAUCUAUGUGGGCAUUGUCAGUGAGUUGUUAACAGUUAUAACACAUUAUAAUACCUGCCCUCUUAAGUCAUGAUAAAAUGCUUUAAAAUGAGUUAUGAUUAUUGCUAUAAAGCAUAAUGAUCAUUUAUGAGUGUUUAUAACUAUAGUUAUACAGUGCUAUAAUUAAAUUAUAAUGCAUUAGUUUUGUUCAAAUGCCUAAAGCAAAGAGUAAUAUACUUUGAUUUUGUAUCAAUAGAACAUGUGUAAACCCUGAGUUUAAAAUAAUGUGGAGAGUUCAGGAAAGACUUCUCUCUGUUGUGUACGCCUGCUGAAUGACAAAUCUGUAAUCUGGGGAAAUGUGUGUCUGUCUGAAGCUGGUGGUAAAGAGGCUGGGAUAUGACACAAGAGUGACAGUUCUCGGUCAUGUUCAGCGAGGAGGAACUCCCUCUGCCUUUGACAGGAUACUGGUGAGUUAGAAAACAUACUGCUUUACCUUUUAUUUGCUACUAACUGCAGAAGUGAACAACAGUUAAUAUGACCAGUCAUGGCAAUAUUUCAACCAUGGACUGCCUAAAGACGUGUUUCUGCCAAAGCCUUUUCUUCAUAGGUUUAGCUUAAAAGUGGAGAAAACUGUUUUCUGAUUGACUGACAGGCUCAGAUAAAUGACUUGUAUCAUACUGUACCAUGUGCCCAGUCAAGUUUUUCACAUUUCUCCCUGUUUCAGUGCUUUAUAUCCUCAGUACAUUCAAAAUAAUCAAUACUGCUAAAAUGAAAUCGUUGUUCAGACAAGCCAUUCUCCAUGAUGCCAACACAAGAAAUUACCCAUAAUGCCCUGUGACACAUUAUCAGUGCAUUCAAAUGUGAAGUACGCUGCUAUUUUCAGAGCAGUAAGUUGGGUGUGGAGGCGGUGGUGGCUCUUAUGGAGGCCUCUCCUGACACCCCUGCCUGUGCCAUCGGCCUGUCAGGAAACCAUCCUGUUCGUCUGCCUCUAAUGGAGUGUGUGGAGAUGGUGAGUCACCCUCCUGUCUUCUAUAAUUGGUUUUAAUGGAAGUUCUAUCGCUGGUGGAGGGCUGAUGUAUUUUUUAACUCUAUCAUCAUCAUCCUCAGACAAAGUUGGUGCAGACGGCCAUGAAUGAGAAAAGGUUUGAGGAGGCUGUAAAACUGCGUGGAGGGUGAGGGCCAAAAUUCUGUCUGCACAUUUUUAUACGCAUGUAUUUUUAAAAUGAGUUAAGGUAUGUCAGUAUGAUGUGUCAUAUGUAUGGUUUUCUUGCAGGAGUUUUGAGAACAACUGGAAUAUCUACAAACUCCUUGCCUUUCAGAAGCCUGCACAGUGUCAGGUAAGUCUUGCGACUAUACAAAGGGGGAACAACUUAUGCAGGAUUAAAAGAAUAUAUUUACAUAGGGUGAACAUACGUCCUCUUUUACCCGGACAUGUCCUCUUUUAGGGGGGCUGUCCGGCCUGUCCAGGGGGAGUUUCUAAAAUCCUUCAAAUGUCUGGGGUUUUGUACGGAAGCCCGUUUUUUCCUCUGUAUUUACCAUACACGUUCAAUGGUUCAUUUGGAAACACACUCUAAGACGUGUGUUCGUGUAUUCAUUUAUUAUGAAACAGUGCAGUGCAUCAGUGCUCUCUGCAGCUCUGCUCCUCCGCUCAGUUCUAAGCAAAGCCACUGACGAGAUGCACGCAUGCACUGUCUGCCGGUGAGCAAAAGAAAAGGGAGAUAUAUUUGUAUGUGACUGAUAAUUAUGUUAAGGAGAAAUGUUUUAGAUAAAUGAAUAUAUUGUUUAUAAAUGCAACUUUGUUUAAGUAUUUUUCAGUACCUCCUAGAGGCCUGGUUAAGUGUCUUUUUUGUAAUUCAGAAUAUGCGUUUAACUGAGUUAGAAGCGCUUAAAAAACACUCGACCUGAAAAACCCUCAAAAUUUUGUGUGCAUGUCCUCUUUUUUGGGAUUCAGAAUAUGGUCACCCUAAUUUAUAGCAUAUAACAAAAACACUAAAAUGACCCAAAUCUCCUUAUUUUCCCUCAGAGCAAUUUCUCUGUGGCUAUUCUGAAUGUCGGAGCUCCAGCUGCAGGGAUGAACGCAGCUGCCAGGUCUGCUAUUAGGUUGGCGCUUGCUCAUGGACACAAAGUCUAUGCUGUCCACGAUGGCUUUCAAGGACUUGCAAAAGGAGACGUGAGAAUUUCCUCCCCUUAAAUCUCAUUCAAAGAUCUCUCACCAAUAACAACCCUGUAUGGAUGUAAAUUUAUUGUGUACUUGCAUGUUCUGGAUGGCAGAUUUUUGAGAUGGAAUGGCACAACGUGGCGGGAUGGACUGGCCAAGGGGGCUCACUGCUGGGGACAAAGAGGUGAUUGUUCAUAGACCUCGGUUAAAUAACUACAAAGAUAUUUAAGUUGUUCAGAGUGAAUCAACAUUUGAACUUAAAGAAGUUUUGUGGUCUUGAGGGGGCAGAUAAACAGAGAAAAUUGAUGAUCAAAGUGCCUUCUUGUAAUAUAUCUAAUAACAUGUAUGUGUCACACUCACACACAAAGGAAUUGCAAUUAUUGACCCGUCUCCCUUCUUUCUCUUACCUAAAUGUAAAAUUGUGCUACAUUGAAGUGCAAAGACAGCUGCUGGGAGGCAGUUGAAAUACAGCCCAACAAAAUAAAUCCCACAUCUUGUAAUCCCAGACUCUGAUAAGGCACACAACUAAACAAAGUCAAGGAUUUUUGGGUGGACAGUUGUAGGACCUUUCUACCCACUUCUUUUAAAUUCAGGCCCUCUAUUUUGUGUAAAGAAAUGUAGCAACCCACCAAAGCUGAGAGACCAGGUGCACCAGCUGUGCACAGUGUCCUGAUUUGUCGUAACCAAAGUGGAUUAACACAUUUUUGUCCUCGUUUUAUGUCCUGUUUUAGAACUCUUCCAAACAAACAUCUCGAGAAAAUUGUUGAAACCAUCACUAAGUUUAACAUCUCCGCUCUACUUGUGAUUGGAGGGUUUGAGGUAAGAGACAACCCUAUGAAGAGCUUGAGCUGAAUCUUAUAUAUCUUAAUAUAGUGUGGCCGUCACUUCAAAGAAGUUUUCUGUCUGUUUCUUGAUGUCUUGCCAAGGGGUACGAAGGUGUGCUGCAGCUUUUUGAAGCCCGGGGUCGCUAUGAUGAGCUUUGCAUCCCCAUGGUUGUAAUCCCUGCCACCAUCAGCAACAACGUCCCUGGAACCGACUUCAGCGUUGGGGCAGACACGGCCGUCAAUGCUGCCAUGGAGGUAAUGCUGAGCAGAUGGCAAAUUAACAGUGUGACUUUGAUGUUUGAGGCCCGACAUGAAUAGAGAUGAGCCAUCCAGAGUACUUCUCAUCUAAUAUGAGCUGCUGCAUUACACAGAUACACUUUGAACCCUGUUAAUGUAGUCAAAACAGGGAUGGCAACGUGGUUUGAGAUUAAGAUUUCAUCUUUCAACUGUUGGCGGGAAGAAGACAGAUUAGAGAGGACUUGAAUUUGCCCCUAUAUUUAGCAUUGCACUUAAUUUAAAAAGUUAAAUUACACCUGUAGUUCUUGUCCAAGAAAAACUUUAUUUGUGGAGUUACCUACAUCUGCUCCUGCUGUUGCUUUUCGGUCUGUCUUGAUUUUUGGAUUUAGUUGAAUUUAGCUCUUUCUCCAUUCCCCCUACCCUGUUACUACACUCUGCUGACUUAUUUCCUUUGUAGGGUUGCGAUAAGAUCAAGCAGUCUGCCACUGGUACCAAGCGACGAGUGUUUGUGGUGGAAACCAUGGGUGGUUACUGUGGCUAUCUGGCAACCUCCACUGGCAUCGCAGUUGGGGCUGAUGCAGCCUACAUCUUUGAAGACUCCUUCGAUAUCCAUGACCUGACGGUAAGAAGACUAUAUAGAAAAAUCUCUGCUGGUUUUGUCUUCUAAAUUUGAAAAUAUUUCAAACAGUCUGGGUUUUUAAUUAUUUGCUCAUCUGACAGACCAAUGUGGAGCAUUUGACUGAGAAGAUGAAGAAGGACAUUCAGAGGGGUCUGGUGCUGAGGUAAAUAACACUUAUGCAGCCAUACCAAGAUUAACACUUGUUAAGUACCAAAUAUGGGUAGAUUUUCCGCUUGGAAAACUUGCACCGCAAUAAUUUAGUAAUUAAAUCCAUACUGAGAUUUACCAUCCUUUGGUGUUGCAGCAGCUUGUGUCCUCUGCUCUCAGCUUGUCAGUACAGGCUGAUGCAAACAUAAUGUGUCAUUGUACACUGAUGCAUGCACUCACUGAGCUGUCAGCCACCAUAAGCCACUUGAUGAGACAUCAGCUACUCAGAAACAGUUUUUUCAGGAUCAAAAGUUGCACACAGGCAUUUACCCAGCAGCUUAUGUUUUUUUGGAUGGCCCACAGCAGGUUUGAUAUUAAAUGCAAUAUUCAACCAAUAAGUGCACUCCUCACUCUUCAGCUCUCCAACAUUUGUUCACUACAUCAAACAGGCCGUGCUAAAUACCACAUUUGUCCUAGCCUGGCUGGGCCAUCCAGUUGCGUGAAUCAUCAACAUCAACUAAUACAGUUUUAGUAAGUUCAGCUGCUUGUCUGGAACGUGACCUGAUAACCUCCCUGUGUUAGUCUUGAUUGUUUUGAUGCACUUAGAAGUACAUAUCAAGCUUCCUCCUCACCCUCCUCUGCUGGAAGGCAAUUUCAUUGCUCUGUACUUGUGACAUGUGCAAUGACAAAUAAAUCCAAUCUGAAUCUGAAUCUGAAUCUGAAUCUGAUGUAAAAACAAAGACACACAAUGAGAUAGAAACAAAAAAGGGAAAGUAGACUGAUGUGGGUGUACAAAUAUGUGAUUUUAUAUAUUUUUACGCUGGCUGAAGAAAGAAGAAGAAAAAGGGUCAUAAGUAUCGGGACCCUGAAAAGAAAUCUGGUCUAAUCCAGAGACAGGCAGAAUAAUAGGCAGCCUCAUGGAAACACAGCUUUCCAAUGUCAUUCUUGUUAUAUUACGAUUUUAUUUUCCAAAGUUUAUACCUUUGAUUUUUUUUUUUUAACUUUAUCCGUGCAACCCUCUUUUUUGUAUGUGCCCUAAUAUUUGAUUAAUGUAAAGUGACCAUAGCACAUCUUCCAUAAAAUAAUAAUUAAAAAAAAAAAACUUCUGUAACACAUGAGAAACUUUCUGUGCUCCUGUUUUCUCUUGUUCUAACAGGAAUGAAAAAUGCCACGAGAACUACACCACAGACUUCAUCCACAAGCUGUACUCAUCAGAGGGAAAGGGCGUCUUUGACUGCAGAGUCAAUGUGCUGGGACACCUGCAGCAGGUUCAGAGCCGUUGUAUAAGAUCCAUUGACACAGAACAGAAACUACCACAAUAUUAUUUACAGUAGAAACAAAAUUACACUUCUUUUAAUAACAAAGGGUUUUUGUGCAUGUUUUCCUCAUCUUGUGGUUUUGUACUCCAGGGAGGAUCACCCUCUCCUUUUGAUAGAAAUUUCGGCACCAAGUUAGGAGUGAGAGCGAUCCAGUGGAUUACAGACAGACUGACUGAAAACUUCAGACAAGGUAGAGUUACUGCAUAAAGCUUUAGCUGAUAUUAAUUGCUCAGACGCAGAAAGUCACUGCAUUGUGAUAUAAUCCCUUUGUUUCUUCCAACAGGUCGUGUGUUUGCCAACUCACCAGAUACUGCAUGUGUGCUCGGCCUCAAAAGGAAGGUCAUCUCAUUCUCUCCCGUCACUGAACUAAAGGAAGUGACUGAUUUUGAGUAAGGAAAAUACUUUAUGUCAGCGAUGAAGCCUUUGUUAUGAAGCAGUCAGUAAUUUGUGAAUGUUUGUUUUUCAGGCACCGGAUGCCAAAGGACCAGUGGUGGCUUAAACUUAGGCCACUGCUCAAAAUGUUGGCCAAGUACCAAACCAGCUUCUGUGAAUAUGUCCCAGGAGAGAUUGCACAUGUAACAAGACGCUCCCUCAGCAUAGACCCAGGGUUUUAGGCUCUCUUAUACUGCAACAUUCUCUCUGCACUUUUAAUCCUCAUCUGCCUCUCAUUUGGCCCGACAGACACUGAAAGGUCUUCAAAAUGCUGCCAUUUCUGUUGACAGGUAUUAAGGUUUUAUAGGGACAGCUUAGCACACUCUGUCUAAAGCGUUAAAGUAGCUGUAGUAUAUCAAACGGUAUAAAAUUUGAAUGCAUGAAUUUGUUCAUCGGAAGAAGCAUUAAAAACAGAACAGCAGCUACAUCAUGUGCCAAUUGAGCCUAUGUUUGGUCAGAUAUGUGUAAAAAGGACAGACCUGCCUUCAAGCUUUAACUGUAAUCAUUUAAAACUGACUUUGAAAAAGUACAGUACACAUUUCCCUGAACAAAUCUUUAUCAAUAAUUAUCUGUAUCCAGAUUUUUAAAGCUUAAAGUGGUUUCUGAACAUUUUCGAAUCUUUCUUAUUGCAUGUAUUUUACAAUACAUAUACUUUGAGAUGCUUUUGUGAUACACAUCAAUUUCAGAACAGGACUUGAUCAUGACUUUGGCGGUUGUUUUUGUACUUCUUUUAUUAAUUCAGUAAUACACAUGUAAGACUGAAACAGUGCUUCAUUUAUCAAUCACAGCACAAGGAACAAUAUAUUAAGGAACAGUUGAUUAUAACACUUGAAUAAUUGCUAUGUAAAAAAUAAGGAAAUCUCCACAUAUAUCGACGUAUUUGUAUUAUUUCAAUCCUGCUUCAACAUUAAAAUGAUAUUCAGUGGUAA